AGCAAUUGCAAGGGGUGAAACUACAUUCACAAAACUUGUAAUAAUCUGGCGCUCGAGGCAGCACAGAAGCGCACACAGACCUUGACUUCUUACUGUCAUACUUCUGCACGGGCACCGUGUUGACUGGAACGAGAACUCAGAAUGGCGCCCUUUGCUGCCAACCAAGCGACUGCAUCACCAGAGCACAAGGCGGUUGCCAAUUGGUUGCGAUCCAAGUCGGGUCAGAAGACACGCGUGGGUGUCCUUGAUGGACAAAGAAAAGACUAUUUCAAAGGAUCAGCUGCUAUCAAAGCGCUCUUGUCGCCUGCAUAUGGCAAGCUGAAGAAAGCGCCGAAGGUGACCUCCGAAGCAGAAGCGACACAGCUGAUGAAUCAGUUGAACGCGAAAGGCUUUUUCCUACGCGUGCAACGCGGUGACAAGGUCACAUCGACGAAGAAAGCACCACGAACGUUACAAAUCAUCCGACAGCAGGCUUUCCUUCCACCAGACUACUACGUGUGGUUGAUGGAUGGGUCACAACUGACGACGUACCUCGGAGGGUUGGUGAUGGUCGCCGUCAUCUUUGCGGGUGUGAUGUACCCAUUAUGGCCGUUGAGCAUGCGCAUUGGAGCAUACUAUCUAUCGAUGGGCAUGCUCGGCCUACUGGGGCUGUUCUUCGCCAUGACGAUUGUGCGCUUAAUCCUCUAUGUGAUUACGUGGCUUGUUCUACCACCUGGUCUCUGGAUCUUUCCACAACUCUUUGCAGAUGUUGGAUUCUUUGAGUCUUUUGUGCCUUUGUACGAGUGGGACUACCCCAAGAAAAAGAAGAGCAAGAAGAGCAAGAAGGCGCUCAAGGACGGCGCACCGCCCGGAGCAGAGAAGAGAAGGGCUUCCGCGCCGCCGACCCCAGCAUCAGGCACGAAGCGUAUGCCAAGUGUGCUACCCGGCAUGGGCCCGCCUCCCACUCCUUCCUUCGGGGGAACUCAGCAAGCCUUCAUUGAAGAAAUACCAGAUGCUGACGCAUGACGAUAGCAGCAUUACAUUUAUG